AAAAGAUGAAAGAAAAAACGAAAAAAAAAAUAGAAGAAAAAACAGAAGAGAAGACGAAAGAAAAGACAAAAAAAGGACAAAAAAAAAGACAGAAGAAAAGACAGAAGAAAAGAUAGAAGAAAAAACAAAAGAAGAAAAAUCUAAA